AUGAGAAGAACCCUGUGGAAGGCGGCUCCAUUCCUUUGCUCUUCAUCUCGACGCCUUCAUUCACUUGAUCGCAAAUCAUAUUCUCUGAAUCGAAAUGGGAAACUUUCUUCGAAGAACUCAGAUUGCAAUGCCGCUUGCGGUUUCUUUCCAGUGGCUCCUUCGUUGCCGCCAUCUGAGAGUAAGCAAGCGACCUUGUUUGCGUUCGUCAAAGCUGAAGUUGAUUACGCACAAAUUCACUUUGAUUCGAUUUCCUACCCGCUCCCACCUCCCGAAUGGAUAGAACCUUUUCUCGAUGUUUCUGAUGUAGUUUCGAGCUAUCAAGUUUUGAAUCUACUUGAUCGGCCUUCGAACAUGGAAGCCGAUUUAGAUUCUUUUUGUCGCAAGUUUUUCAUCAAGUUAAUGCCAAAUUUGUUUUACAUUGAUGGCCUUGGUAAGGCUGUGAGAGAAUUGAAGAUGCAGACAAUCUAUUUGAAGAAAUGUUCAAGUGCUCGAGAUUCAUAUUGUUGUAAGGCCAUUAUGGAUUCUCUAGCCAAGCAUGGGAAGAUCGAUCAAACAGUUUGUUCAUACACAAUUCUUAUUGAUGGGCUGUGCAAGGAAGCAUAUAACUGA